AUGAAGGGCAUUUUAAAUGAUUAGUUAGAUGUUCCCCUAAAUUAAAUCCAAUUAUUCUAAGAAGAUAAGACCUAGCAAUCACACCAUUAGACUAUGUCAUCACAUUAAGUUGUAAUCAGUUAGCAUCAACCAAACAAUGUGGAAAUAUCUAAAUUCUCCAAUUCUAUAUUCAACGAUUCUGCUGUUGUGAAUAAGAGUUACAUUCCUAGCAGUAUUUUAAAGGUUAGUGACGAUAAAAACGAGAGAUUGUACAUUCUUGAAAGACUUAUUGGUAACUCUCGAGUUGCGAAGGAAAUAAGGAAUGAUUAUUUGAAGAUGAUAAUCUAACCAGAAGAUAUAGAUAUGAAGAGGUUGAAAGACAAACCUUAUGUUGGUAAAAUGUGUAAGCCAGAUCUUGUUUAUCAGGAUCAGGUAAAAUGGCAUCCCUCGUUAACAGAUAAAAUUACAGUCGUUGAAAGUGUUGUAAAACAAGCAAAACAAGAAAUGAAAUAAAUAGAAGAUCAGAAUUAGUUUGCACAUAGUAUUUUUCUGGGAUAAGGUGACUUAGAAUUGCCAAUGAUAGAAAUAUCCAGUAAAUAAUUGACUUUAAAGGAAAGAGAUGAGAGACAUGUUUCAUCACAGAUUUGGAAUCCUACUUCUGUUAGAGUUGAAUCCUUCACAGAUCUCAAGUCAAUGUAGCAUGAAUAAUAAGAUCUUAAGCUAAAAUAGAAUAUGUAAAAUGCUAAUAAUCCUCUAUUGUUAAAGCUUAAAGCAUCAAAUCUUUCAGCUAUAAUGAAUCAUGAGAAUCCUAUAUAUAAAAAAAUAGUUGAAUAAAUAGAUAAGAUUGAUGAAAAAGAUCGUAAAAAGGUCAAGAAAAAAUCGAGAUUCUGCCUUGAAGAAUCUUAUGCAAUUAGAGCAAGAAACAACAGUAGUGCCUAAACACAUUCCCCAACAGCAGUUAGAUUGAUUUAAAAAUAAAAAGAUAACCUUAGCAAGCAUGUAGAUAUAAAUUUAAAUGAUAAUGUUUCUACAGCUACUCUCUCUCCAAGAUACAAAUUCAGAAAGUAUGAUUCAAUGAAGACUGAUAAUUAAGCAUACGACUCAAUGGCUUUGAGAAAAUCAGAGGAUGUUAGAUAAUCAGCUAUGCAAGUUACGCCAAUAAAGAAUAAUGAUUCCACUAAGGCUAUUAUAGAUCCACCUGUAAUGAAGAAGUUCAAUCUGACUCAGGCUUAAAUUCCUACAAUGGUAAAAAAAUCAAUGAAACAAGGAUUAAGAAAAGGAAGAGUUUCAAAGAUGAAGUAAAAUAUCUCAUCUGCUCUUGAUCAUUACCCUAAUCACGAGGAAUUGAGUCGGGAAAGAGCGAAGAAUCAUUCUUAAAUUAGUCAACAUAGAUAAUUGGGAAUCUUAAGUGAAUAAAUUUCACCUUCUUAGUUGCAGACUAAUCCUAAUUACUAUAGCAUAUUGCCGUAAAUAAUGUCUAUCAAAACCACAGCUAAUAAUACAGGCAGAUAUAGCUCACUUGAGGCAUACCCCAAUGUCAACUUCAGAAACCUUAUUUAGAGUACGUUUUAGCCUCAAAGCUUGAUAAAUUUUAAAGGAAUUGAAAUCGAACCUAAAUCGACGAAAAAUAAGAAAUAGUUUAAACAAAAUAUUUUCACGAACAAGCCAUAUUAUCCCAAGAUAUAAGGCACAGAUAUUGGCAAAUUAUUACCGAAAAAUAUCUUCAACUAUGCCUCGCUUGAACCAUCUAUAAAGACCAAUAAUUACUGA